ACACCCCAUCCUCACUCCCCAAAAGAGACGAGGUCAGUGCACAAACCAAAGAAACGUCACGUCUGCACACACAUCCACGCAGAGGUGCAUGCAAAUCCGGUCUCUGUCUGAGCCAGCCAUCAAAGGUGGGAAUCUCUAUCUACGAGUGUGUGGUCAUCAUCGGUGCGGGUCGUGAAGAUGAUGCUCUCGCGUUUUUUCUUUUCUUCUAUCUUCGUUUUUGUGUCGUCCCGUCUCUCCUGUCUCUCGUCGAGAAUUCUUUUCUCUCGCCUUAAAUACAGAUGUGUUCGAUCGUUUCCAUCUGUGUACGGCCCAUGCGGAGAGGAUAGGGAGAGGAAUGCGCCCAAUGGCAUCACAAGGACGUUGAUAUCUACGCCAGGCACCUGUGCGCGGGUCACUUGUACACAGUUCAACUAGCUAGCUGAGGAACAGACGGGACACUGCUGCGCACAGUGAGUGCUGCAAGAUUUGUCGCGUUCAUUCACGGCAUGCCCGAAAGAAUAACAUCCUGUGGCAACCACACACCGCACACACUCACGAAAUGAUUGCGCGACCCGGGUGGCGGGCAUGGCGUACCAUGGCUCCCUGCAUCUCGUACGCAAACGAAUUCAACUUCCUCUCAAAACCCAAAAACUGAACGACACACACACACACACACAUUUUUGACAUGGGGCGGACGGCACAUCCGUAUGUGUCGCUUUGUAUUGUAUUGUGUGCAUGCCUGCUUGAUCUUCAUGAGCAGCGCGUUGACCUUCUCGUCUGGCUGCCGGUAGAUCCACUCAUUCUCAGCUGCAUCGACGACACACACACACACAAUAUACCGGUGAAAAGGGCUCAGACCAUCUGGCAUCUAGUACCCAGCAGGACGUCCAGUGUGUGAGCGGCAGCGUCGAAGAGGAUGGGCUCUUUGCCGAUCUGCCGGUGGAUGAAGUUGAGGAUCGGCUCGAUGGUCGUCGGGUCCUUGCCGCGAAGCGCUAUCUCCAAAGCUGCCCACACGGACACACACAGAGACAGGGAGCCAAGCAUGAGAGCAGCAUCGAUUGCGUCUGUCUGUCGGUGUGUCGUCUGUGCGCGCGAGUGCUCCCUCACCUCCCCUUUGCCUGAGCUCUUCGAUCAGGGCGGCGAUCUGACACGCACUGCAUGGAUUGGCCCCCAGAAAGAAGAGAUGGAUUGAUGGGUGGGUGGGUGGGCAUUGUGUCUUUCCCUCCGCUGCUGCCUUACUUUUCUCCCUUGCAGACUCUGUCGAGGGCCUUUUGGUACUGGAAGCUCUUGAGCAGCUUGUCGAGUCCCGUGUCUUUCCUCUUGUUCCGCAGGUCCACCGUGAUCUGACAGGCCCACACAUGCACACACACACACACGCACAAGUGUGUCCAUGAAGCCAUCCAUGGGUGUGGUGUGCGUCUUGGCUACCGACCGCUUCUGCGUCGGGGGCGAAGAAUCGCGCGCUGCCGGCAACGACACGACGCCUGCACAAAGAAACAAAGAUACACACACAGACAGUCAGUUGUCUCUCACUGCUGGGCAGCCCUGUCAUCCAUUCGUUUGUUCAGCCAAGUAUACCUCUUCUGUGCCCUUUCGUAUCCAAUGGUUGUCGUCAGCUCACUCUCUUCAUCACGGCUGGCCUCCAUCUCCUCCUGCUUGACGGCAUUCAGCCGAUCGGCAUCCAGCCGCCGACGCACAAACCAAUCGCCAGUCCUACGCAGACAGCCAGACAGAAACACAACACACAAAGGAGUGCAUUGUGUGGAUACGGGGGAGCGGCUCACGGCAUGCCGGCAGCGAUUGCGUCCCCUCUCGGUGACACGGCGAGGCAGCUGAGAGCGUCGGGGGUGGCGAAGGUGUGCCGGACGGUGUAGGACUGACAUCACGAUCGCAACACGCGCGCAUACAGAGAGGGUGAUGCGAGUUACCUCGGCCACCAUAUGUGGGUGUCAGGCUGCCUACGGACCUCCAUGCUGUGUAUCUUGACGGUCUGGUCAAGAGAGGCGGUGACCAACACCGGCUCCUCGCCAUCACCCACGCGCAGCAGAGCGAUCCCUUUUAACGCAGACACGACACAGUAUAACAGAGGCAGCUGUAUGGAUGCCUCUCUCACUCCCUCCCUGCCUCCCUGCCUGUGUCUGUACCAGUGAUGGCCUUGCUGUGCGCGUCGAUCUGCCUGAUCAUUCUCCCGCCGGAACUCAGGUCCCACAGCUUGACGCAGGGGCCACCUGACGCACACACACACCACAAGCACCAUGUCGUCGAUGGGUGUCCAUCCAUCCAUCAUGACUGCAGACCUGCAGAGGCGACGACCCUGCCGGCGGGCAUGAAGAGGACCGACUCGACGGGAUGGCCGUGGACCAGCCGAAACAAACACUGCUCGGACAGACAGACAGACAGACGGACGGACGGGCAGCAACAAAUUGGUGUGCAUAUGGGCCAAUGAAUGGGUGGAUGGACGAAUGGAUGGUACCUGUUUGGACGUGGCGGCAUCGUCCUCUUCGUCUGCUGCUGAUGCUGCUGCUGCAUCGUUCGGUUCCUCUUGCCCCUCCCCCUGCUCCGCUGCUGGCUUGCUGCUGUGUCGUGUGUCCCACACCCGCACAGUGCCGUCAUAGCUGCCGCUACCGACCAGAAAGGGAUCUGACGCACACACACACACACACACAUAUACAUAUAUAUAUAUAUAACACACAUAUACAUAUAUAUAUAUAUAUAUAUAUACACACGGUGCUGGAUCGGUGUGGUGUGUGAGGGGCGUUCGUCCAUGUACUUGUGUCGGCAAUGUCGAUGGCCCUGACGAAGUCUGUGUGUGCCUUGAGAGUGGUCAGGGGGGACGUGGCUGAUAUGUCCCACACGCGCAACGUCUGAACAAACAAACAAACCACUGUCUGUCUGCCUGUCUGCCUGUCUGUCUGUCUGUCUGUCUGUCUGUGUUUGUGUUUGUGUUGUCUGUUAACCACUCACCCCAUCGUCUCCCCCCGACAUGACGUGCAGGUUGUCGCGGCAGAAGCGGACCGAACGAACAGACCUACUCACACACGCACGCACACACACACACACACAAAGAAACAGAGACCUGUUCAUGCAUCGUGUGUGUAACAGUGUCCGUCCCCACACACACCCCACCCGUGGUGGCCCUUCAUUUUCCUCAGCGGCACUUUGGCGUUGGCGUCGAUCACCUGCACCAAGCCGCUGUCGUCUGACGCCACAAACAGACGGCCAUCUGACCCAUUGACAGGUACACAGACAGACAGACAGACAGACAGACAGACAGACAGACAGGCAGACAGGCAGACAGAGAGGUAGAAUGAAUGGAUGGGUGCAGUGCAUUGCCCGCCGCGCACCGACCUCGUCUGAAGUCGAUGGCCCGCACUACGUCCUUGAACCGUGUGUAGCUCUUGAGCAGGCUCUGAGAUGGCACACCAUACACCUCCACCUGCACACACACCAAACACACAUAGGGAGAGAGAUAGUACAGAUCAGCGGCGCCAGAGAUGCUGUGGCUACUGACACAUCGAUGCAUCAUUCACUGAUCGACUGACUCACUCACUGACCUUUGUGGCGUGCGCCACGGCGAUUGCGUGUGGCGUUGUCGGCGUGAAGGCCAUAUCGUUGACGGACAAUGCCUCCUUCCCCUCCCACAACACCUGCAGCCAUCCGUCACACACACAUCACAUGCAUGGAACAGCAGCAUCAGUUUAUCAGUAUGGAAAAGGACCUCGCGCACCUUGUAUUUCUUCCAUUGCUGCUGGUCUGGUGCGGUGUUCUGCCGCCGUCGAGGCAGGGACACCACGGCAAGCGGUCGAUACUCACCCAUUUGACGGACGAUGACCAGACGACUGAUGGAUGGAUAGAUCUCUACCCCCCAAUCGCUAAAUGCAUCAGUCACACAACACAGAACCUGCUCCUGCUGACA